AUGAGAAGCUCGCGGCUGCCGCCGGCGCCCGUGGUGCUGUCACUGUUGAUCUUCAGCACAGGGCAUUAUGCUGCUGAAUCAGACCUCAAAGCCACCUACUCCGAGCGAGGGACACCCUUUUCUGGGGACCGGAGUACAGAUGCCUUUCAGGUGACAGUGCCUUCAAGAAGUGAGAUGCCCGUUGGCAGCGAGAUUUCCCCAGUGAGUGAAAUGCCUGCCAAUGGGGAGCUCUCCUCAGAGACUGACUAUGAUUAUUCAGAAGAGUAUGAUGAUAAGGAACCACAAAUACCUGGCUAUGUGGUGGAUGAUUCAAUCAGAGUGGAACAGGUAAUUAAACCCCCCAGAAACAAAACAGAAAGUGGAAAGACAUCAAACAAACCAAAAAGAAAGAAAAAGGAUGGCAAAAAUGGAAAAAACAAAAGGAACCGGAAGAAGAAAACUCCGUGUGAUGCGGAAUUCCAAAAUUUCUGCAUUCAUGGAGAAUGCAAAUACAUAGAGAACCUGUCAGUGGUAACGUGCAAAUGUCAUCAGGAUUACUCUGGUGAACGAUGUGGUGAAAAGUCUAUGAAGACUCAGAAGGUGAUCGAUGGUGAUUUGUCGAAAAUCGCUUUAGCAGCCAUAGUUGCCUUUGUCUUUGCAGUGAGCCUCGCGGCUGUUGUCGUUGUUAUCACAGCCCAAAUUCGAAAACGAUAUUUCAACUGUGAAGAAGAAACAGAAGAAAGAAAGAAACUUCGGCAAGAAAAUAAUGCUCCUACCAUUGUAUAAGUGAAGAGAACAUUACAGGAGUUGGGUCCUCGGAGCCCCUGUCCGGUGAGCGCCAGAGCAGCGUCGCUCCCCUUUUCAGGGGAUCGUGACAAAAGGGAACCAGUUUGUUCUGAUGGUUUUCAACGUUCAAGCGUCACUUUUUGUGUUGAGUCUUAUUUCUGUACAUAACG